AAAGUACAAAUUAAAAUGUGUUGUUUGGAAAUUGGUGUAUAUGCUCUUUUGAUGAGUUUGGCUUUCGCUGGUUCCAUUGGUAUGACUUUAGUCAUAUUAGCAUGUGCAUUGCCAGAUUUAAAUUCUUGGUGGCCAUUCAUAGUAGUGAUAUUUUACCUGCUGGCACCAUUACCGACCAUGCUGAUGAAACGGUUCAAUGAUUACUCAGGAUCCGGUAAUGCCAAUAUGGAUUUAGCUGUAUUUAUUACAAUGGGUAUAGUGGUAUCUUCAUUUGCAUUGCCUAUAAUAAUGGCCAGAGUUAAUGCAAUUGCAUGGACAGCCUGUAAUUUUACAUUGUGUGGGAACAUAGUUGUGUAUUUGACAUUUAUAGGGUUUUUCUUAACUUUAUAUCAAGAAGAUACUGAUUAUAGUUUAUGUCAGUAUCCUGAAAACAGGUACAUCCUUAAUAAAAUGCAACUUACUAGAUGGAUCAAAGGAUUGCUAAUUACCUAUACUUUUUGAUAGAAACUUCUAUUAUUUUAUUUUAAACAAAAUCCACUUAAGAUUAAAGUAUUUUUAAACUUAACUAUUAUACAUUAUUAUGAUAAUUUAAAAUUUAAGAUUGUACUGAGAUAAGUAAUAUAUUUUUAAUGAUACAUGGUUUGAGUUCAUAUAAUUAUAUUGGUUUUUAUGUAAACUUGUAUUAAACUAAAAAUAAAUGAUGUUUUUAUAUUGUACUUUGGUUUUUAAAUUGUAAAAGAUCAAGGCAAUAUACAUUAUCAGUUUAACAUAUUGUUGUUGGUACUCAGUAAUAUAGUUAUUGAAAGUCUACUCAAUUACCACACAUUAUAUUUUAAGAGUUCACUAUUUAUUUCAUUAUUGUAAAUGAAUUUUGAAUUUUGAAUUACAAAUUUGUGUACUGUGAACUUUGUAUAUAUUUUUAUUUAUAAGAUAUUAUUUUUAGUUUAACUGUUUUCUUAUAGUUUUGAAUUACUGAUAUAAUUAAUUUAUUAUUAUUAUGAUUUUAUAAAUAUUUUUCUUUCAUAUUAUAAAACGUUUUUAACAGUUGUUGUUAAUUUGAAAUAUUUAAGUUUUAUACUUUAUGUAUGUGUAUUAGAAUAUAGAAAUUUAAGGACCAAUGUAAAAUAUAACACCAUAGAAUAUUUGAUCGAAGAAAACUAAAUGAAAAUUUUUAACACUAAUCAAUUUACAAAAACAUUUCAGUUCUUAAGACUACAUUUAUCAAUCCUCUUCUAUAAAAAAAGAUGUAAACAUUUCUAAUGACCAACUUUGAUUUUUUUCAUUAAAUAUUUAAAUUUUAUUAAAAAAUGUAUUAUGCCAUGUUUAAUGUGCACUGUAUGUUUUUAAAUUAUAGAAAAUUCAGCAUUGAAACCUGGUAGCAUGUAUGUUUGUUAUGGUUUUUUAUGUCAUAAGUAGACUGUUAACAUUUCUUGCCUAAUGGCUGAUACGAAAAACAAGAGAACUAGUUUAAAUGGUCUAUAUAACCAUAUUAUUUAAUGAAUUUCAUAUAUAUAAUAUAUUAUGAGCAUAUUAAGAGUACGCUACACAGACAUUUGUGACUCCGUCUUAUAAGUGUGUAACAUCACAAAUUUUAUGCUCAGCAGAUCAAAUUUAGCUCCGUUAGUUUAAAAAUUAGAGUGAAUUGACCUCUUAUAAAAUUUAAGGCAUCUCAUAGGAUUUUUAUUGUAUUUAAAUUUUAAAACAAGAUGAGUAUUUUAAGAUGUUCUAAUAAUUUACUAUUUUAAAAUACUCAUAACUCUCUUUAAAUUUAAAAUAUAAUACAAAUCCUAUGAGAUGCCCUAGAUAAUAAUUUUAUCUUUAAAUAUUAUUAGAGGUAAAUUCACUGCAAUUUUUAAACUAACUGAACUAAAUGUGACCUGCUGAGCGUAAAAUUUGCUAUGUUACGCAUUUGUAAGACGGAGACAACAAAUGUCCGUGUAGCGUUCUCUUAAUGUAGUAUGUACAAUAAAUUAAUAACUGUAGUAGAACAAUUUAUAAUUUCUGGACAUAAUAUGACAUUUAUUAUUUGCUACAUCUCAGUUUUGUUAUUUCUAUUCAUAUUCUCUUUUUAGAUCAUUUACUGUAAUAUUGGUACACUUUUGGAGUUACAUAAGUAUUAGUGACUACUGUGGAAAAUUAUGUAGUUAAAGGAGUUAAGUAAUAUAUUUGUUCUGUGGUAAUAUGUAGUGAUAUCAAAUAUUUUAAAAGCUAAGGGGAGACUUUUGGGGGGGCCCUAUUUGCGCCAAUGGUCGUUGUGCACGUCAACGUAAAAACUUGAUAAUUCGAAGGUGUUGAAUAAAUACGGAAUCCGAGGAGGAGGAUGAAAAUUUGCAAAAACGUUCUCCAACGAUCAUAAAUGAGUAAUCUUUGUCAAAUGGUAAAAACUGCGCAGGGGCGUAUUUAAGGGGGGGGCUAAGCCCAGUUGUAGCUAAUACAAUUAUAUUUCAAGAAAUCUUAGAUGGCCGAACUGAGACAGAAAAGAAAUCGUAUCUAUCUCAGUGUCUGGCCGUGAUUUUUAUCACCAGCUUCCACUGCUACCGAAAGAUUCUAUAUCUCUUAUCUAUCUUAAAUCGUGGUUAAGCGUGAAAUUGUCAUGGUGAUAAUACUGAUAAAAUGAUAAGAAGAGAACUAUUAUAUCAUAUUUAAUAACGUUAAAAAAAAUUACAUAUCAAAAGAAGAAUGGGAUUUUGAUGAACUAAUAAACAUUGCUAUUGAAUCAGUACUACAAAAUUUAAGAAAAAUGUUAAAAGUAGCAAAAGUAGCAUUAAUAUUUCCGGUUAUUACAGUUACUUGUGAGCGUUCCUUUUCUACUAUGAGGAGAAUUAAAACCUGGCCGAGAUCUAGAAUGGAACAAAAUCGUUUUGAUAAUUUGGCAAUACUAAACAUUGAAAAAGAUUUACUGAAGAACUUAAACAAAGAAAAAAUUCUUGAUGAGUUUGCCAAAAAGCCAAGAAAAUUAAAAUUGUAAUAUUAGGUAUGUACCUAAUGUAAUUUGUAUGACUACUAUGACUAUAUUUCAAAUCUAAUGACAAAAUAUUACUAUUGUACAUAUAUCUAUUUGAGAAAUUGUUUUAUAAUAUAAUAUAAUAACUUUUAUAAUAUAUUAAUUGUGAAUUGCUAUGUUGUAUUCAAAUUUGUUCUUAUUAAUGAAUUAUGUUUAAUUGAAUAAACUAAAAAGUCAUAAUUAAA